ACCUUAACUAGGACUCUUUGUCCGGUGGCAGCUCUCUUCAUCUCACUCUCUUUCUCUCGCUUGUGGGUUACAAUGGAAGGUGGACUUCCCAUGCUUAACUGUCUCCUGCAGCACACGCUACGGAGCCUGUGUUCAUAUUCAGAUUCUUCUUCUUCUUCUUCUUCUUCAAAGUGGGUUUAUGCUGUGUUUUGGAGGAUACUGCCUCGAAAUUAUCCACCACCAAAGUGGGAUUAUGGAGGAAGUGCUCUUGAUCGUUCCAAAGGAAACAAAAGGAACUGGAUUCUUGUCUGGGAAGACGGGUUCUGUGACUUCCAUGAAUGUGAGCGUGCUGGAAGUGGUUAUGUAAAGGGGAGGUUUGGAGCUGAUGUUUUCUUCAAAAUGUCCCAUGAAGUCUAUAACUACGGAGAAGGAUUAGUAGGGAAAAUUGCAGCAGAUAACAGUCACAAAUGGGUGUAUAAAGAAACCCCAAAUGACAAUGAUCCUAGCUUCAUCUCCUCGUGGAAUAUGUCUAUUGAGCCUCAACCAAGGGCGUGGGAAUUUCAAUUCAAUUCAGGCAUUCAGACAAUUGCCAUCAUUUCUGUCAGAGAAGGUAUCAUUCAACUUGGUUCAUUUGACAAGAUUGUGGAAGAUCUCAAUCUGGUGAUCAGCAUACAGAGGAAAUUCAGCUAUCUCCAGAGCAUACCUGGCGUCUUUGCCAUACAAAGAUCAUACUUACCAAUCCAACAUCCAUACGUCGUUAAACCAAAUAACCAGAUACUUGAAAGCCAUGAAACAGCAUUCCGUCUUGAUGACAACCGCCAGUUAGGUGGAACAAAAAGAUUGAUAGACGAAAGACCAGAGGAUUCUCCAAUCAAGUCCGUCAACUUAGGUUGGAACAGCCCACAAAACGGCAUUACUGGACCACCUUUUUGGUCAAUUCCACCCCUUCUUCCUACUAUGUCUUGCAGUCUUGGAGCUUUAUUAUCAAAGCUACCUUCUGUCAUCCCAUCUUAUAAUGCCAUUGAAGCUACUGACAUAGCUAUGAUCAACAACACCAACAAUACAAGCCAGAAAGUGAAGGCUGAUAAUGGAGGUUCAUUAGGUGAAGUUCAAAUUGCUGAGACAAAAGCACAAACUUCAAGUCAAUUGGAAGCUGAUCAAGAGAAGAAGCCAAGCCCUGUAAAAGCUAAUUUAGUGCUACAAGAUGGUGCAGUGGUAGAACUAGGAUUUGGACCUCUCAGAAACUGAGGAAGUAUUGUGAAGCUCAACUAAUUAGGAUAAUCAACUGUAUUUAUUAUCAAAAAUUAUAAUUUGGCUUCUUUAGGUCAAUUAGUUGUUUCUGCACCCUUCUGUUGUGUUUUUGUGUAUAAAAUAUUAGAAUUACUUAAUAAAAUGUAAUUAGCUGGCUGAUUUAUUGUAUAAGCAACUUAUCAGCUUCCAAAAUAUUCAA